AUGUAAAUGUCUUCCUUCAAACAAUGAGAUAAACAAACACAAAUUAGAUUUUCUUUAAUCACACUGCGAUUUUUCUAUAUUUUAUGAAGAAAGCAUCCUUAAUAUCUCUGUUUAAUAUGUUAAGCUUUCUCUUGUGUUGUUAAACACCCGGAUGAUUUCCAUAGCGACCACAAAGAAGCAAAGAUGGCGGAGUCAGAGACGAUGAGUGUUGACACCAGUAAUGAGGCUAACGAUGAUCCUCUGCAGGAGUUAACAGACGAUGAGUUGGACAGACUGUUAGAUGAAACUCUGCGUGCCAAUGAGGUUCUGGCAGCAGAAACACAGAUGUUUGAAAAGUUCUUCAAACGAGUUGAACCAAAAGAGCUCCAAGGUAUCCAACUCUCUGUCAACGCUGCUCCGUCCCAAUCCCAACAUGAUGUUGGGGGUCGUGGAAUUGGAAGAAAACGAUCCAAAUCACGUAGCAGCCAUGUCGACAAAAGUCUGAGACUGACAGCAGAACAGAAGUGUGAUAUUGCACAGAGGGAGAUUGAGGAAUUAAGGGAAGAUAUUGACAGACUGAAAGAUGAAUCUGAACGUGUUCUUGACACAUAUAGGGCCAUCAUGGAGGAGGCAGACAUCAGAAUAAAUGAAAUCAAGAAAGCCUCCUAUGAAUUUGAGAGAGAUAUUGUUAAAGGGGCAGUGAACACAAGAACAGGAAAAGUGAUCUCUGAAAGAGUGCUCAAAUAUUUGGAAGACAAAAUCAGAGCUAGGGACACACUUAUCGAGAAGCUCAGAUUGAAGAAUUCAACGCUGAAAGUCCAAAAGAAAAAAUUAGCAAUGCAGCUGAAACAGAAAGAGGAGAUGGGUGAGGUUCUACAUGAAGUGGACUUUAAUCAGCUGAAGAUUGAGAAUGCCCAGUACUUGGAAAAGAUAGACGAGAGAAACCAGGACCUCCUGAGACUUAAACUGAUGGCAGGAAAUACACUGCAAGUGCUCAACACAUACAAGAAAAAACUCAGCACAUUAACUCUGGAGUCAACGAGACUUAAAGCUGAAAUUGCAUCAAGAAAUGAUCUGUUGGCCAGAAUUGACAGUGAAACAGUCACCGUAGAGACGGACCGAGCAGGUGCAGAGAAGAUAAAUCGCAAGCUCCGCACACAGCUUGGUGACUAUCGCGUGCCAGAGGUGAUGGAAUAUGUCCGCGAGAGGGCAGACCUGUACGAGAUGCACAAGAAAGUAAAGAGCUGGGAGAGGAAGGUAGAAAUUGCAGAGAUGGGACUGAAGACGCACAGGAAGGCUUGGAAUCAAAUGCGCAUGGCCAGUCACCAACCAAAUCCAUGGGGAGUCAUGGAAACAGUUUAAUUUUUUUCUUUGAUUUAUUAAGUCA